AUUUAUCUGGCAAACAUUAUGAAGCAAAGCCACGCCUACCAUAGCCGUUGAAGAGAAAUGUCAAACCCUCAGAAGAUAUCUUCGGAAUCCCAAGCCCUCUUAGCCGCCCAAAAUGACAGCGAAAGACUGCAAGUCUUUCAAGAGUUAAAACCACGCUGUAUCGCUCUCAGCAGGUGCAUCCUUACCUCUAGCCCCAACAACCGUGAGCUUACAGCUGCUCUGGCCGAGCUCUAUCCAACGCUGCAGAAUGCGGCACAAGAACGCCUCGACGAAAAGCUGGGAGACUACGUUUUUUUCCCGCUGUCACACGUAUUCCGGCGGUACCGGGAGCUCAACGAUCACUCGCUCGAGCUGGCGCUGCUGUGUCUCGAAGUGCUGAUAUGCACCUGCUGGCGCGUGAACAUCUCGGCGGAGAUGGGGAAGCAGUUGCUGAUUCUCCUCACAUUCGUGAUUGGGGGGAAUCCGAAUGUGGAGGAGCAGCAGCAGGAGGAAGGGAACAGGAGUGAGGAGACGAAGCUGGCAGGUUGUAGGUGUCUACUGAAUCUCUUUGGAAGCUUUGUGAGAUCUGGUGGCGCGGCAGUGAUUGGAGAGGCCGACUCGAUUCCUGCUGUGGGGCAUACGGUCACUACGCUGCUUACGACUUUCUCGGAGGCGGAUAUGUUGGAGCUCCAGAUUGUGUCGCUACAGGCGAUGGAUAAACUGCUGCUGGAGACGGUCAAGGAUGAGGACAUGAGGGCCAGUUUCUAUCCCGGUGUUGUUUCUGGGGUCGUCAGAGCACUUGGCCUGGGAAAGACCACGAAGCGGCCGUAUCAGGUCCUGAAGGAUAUGGUGAAGCUGCUGGAGCGGCUCAUUUCGAGGGUUCUGGACGAUGUACGGGUCUUCAACCUUCCCGACGCCGAAGCAAGUGACACGGAGUCGGUGGGGAUUCGUCGGACGAAAUCAUGGUUAAAGGCUACCGCUGCGAAUACCAAGGUUUCGCUGGAACAGGUGUUGAAGCUACGGACACAUCCCAAGAUCGAGGUUCGUACCGCUGUUCUGCAACUAUCCUUACAACUCCUAGAGUUGUGUUCAUCGUCUCUCGAUGAAGCGACGAUGAUACUGGUGGAGACCUUGGUCGUUAUCGCUGGCAACGAAGACGAGUCACUGGCUAGUCUGGCGGGAAACUCGAUCCGUGUGAUGGCAUCGAUGGAGGGCAAGGUGAAAGAUGCUGUUAGAGAAUGUCUGGAUGCAUGGAUCGCUGGCCUACCGCGGGUGAUGACUGGAAACAACGAAGAUGCGAAGCAGCGUGUCAUCACGAGAUUAUCCGUUGCGUUUGGGUUGUGCAUGGAGUUAAAUAUGGAGUCGGACAUUCUAAGGGACAUGCUCGCCGAUGGCAUCAAGGAGAGUUUGCUUGCUGCCAAAGCACCAGAGAACGCCGGGACGACACUGGUACGAGCAACCCCGGUUCGGCCCAAGCUUGAAAUGCUGUUGGCGGAUCAUACAACUUCGGGAGGGAGGAUCGCAAAGUUCCAAGAUGUGAUUGUGGGCCAGCGGAGUCAAAUGGGGACCAUGGAGAGCAUGAAGCGGCUCUUGGGAGCCCUCAGGCUAUCAUCUGAAGAGAACGGAAUGGCACUCGCACAGCGUCACCUCCGAGACGCAGGAGCACGAGGCCUUUCGGUAAAUGAGCGGGCAGUAUCUUUCUGGAUAGCCAUUAACCUCCUCCGCGGAUCCGUUAGCGCCGGGAAUGAAGUCGAUAUGUAUCUCGACUUUGGCCUCCUGGAGCCAUCCAUCCUACAACGUCACGUCACCGAUGAGCUCCUCGCGCUCGCCUUGGAGAAUCUAAUCACCACCAACCAAGAUGAAGCCGAGAGCGUCGAAAAUGCACCUCUCCACUGUCUCGCGCUCGAAGCCCUCUCCCUAGUCGCAGAAACGCAGAAACGUGAAUUCCGCGGCGAGCUUGUGGAUGCACUAUACCCGGUCGUUCACAAUCUCGGCUCCUCGUCCGCUGAAGUGCAGAACCAUUCUAUCGUCGCUCUCAACAACAUCGCUGCCAGCUGCGAGUACUCCAGCGCUAAGGAACUUCUCCUCGACAACGUCGACUACAUGGUCAACGCCGUCUCACUAAAACUCAACAUCUUCGACCUGUCGCCGCAGGCGCCAAUAGUCCUCAACAUGAUGCUCAAGCUUGUCGGCCCCAAAUUAGUCCCCCACCUGGACGACCUCGUCGUCAGCAUGUUCUCCAUUCUAGAUGGCUUUCAUGAGUAUGAGAAACUGUGCGAGGAGCUGUUUGUGGUCCUCGCCAGUAUCGUAAAGGAAAGCUCCAAAGGAGACCCGGAUGUGAAGCGGAUCGAGUUUGAUGGAGAGACUAUGGGGGGGAAUCGACGCAAAAAACGAAGGAUCCUGAAGGACAAUGAGUUCAUACUGUUUUUGAAAGAGUAUCGGGAUGAGAAUAGGCCCAGACUGGAACCACUUGAUUCACUCCCAGUAGAUGAAGAAGAAAUGGACGGCGACGAGGCAGAUGGGAAAUUUCCUCGCAAGCCAUGGGGCAAAGGCAAAGGCAAAGACAAAGACAACCCCCUCUCUUCCCCCGCUCCGGACGACAACGAAGGCAAAGACGAAGACGGGCCUCCACCCCCACCGCCCGAGGAGGAAUCACCCCCACCGUCCAAAACCUAUGAUAUAGUCCAGCGCAUCACACGGCUCAGCCAGCACUACCUAACGCAUGGCUCUUUCAGUCUCCGGGCCAAGGUACUGCACUUGAUCAAAGACAGCACGUCUACCCUCUCGAUGAACGAGCGCGAGUACCUUCCCGUAAUCAACGACAUCUGGCCGAUGGUGUAUGCGCGUCUGCACGAUCCCGAGCCGGGUGUAGUCAUCCAAGCGUGCCAGGCGAUUUCGGGGAUCGCAGAGACUUCCGGAGACUUCUUGGCUUCGCGGGUGAGGGAUGGAUUGCCGGGAAUUUUCAAGGUUUAUAAUCACGCGUGGGCGAAUCUGGUCAAAGAGCGACGGGGUGGCUCGGGUGGGAUGGGAGUGUAUGGCACGGGGUAUAAGCUGUGGGAUGCGGUGGUUAAGAUGUUGACUGCUCUUGUGGAGCAUGUGGGUGUGAGCGAUGAGGUGCUGGAUAAGGUGUGCGAUAUGUGCGGGGCGGAGGUGUUGCGUGAGAGGGAAGAUCUGAGGAGUGCGUUGGAAGAGGCGGCGCCGGACACGGUUUGGUUGGUGUUAGAAAGUUCAAAGAUGGAGGAGAGGAAGUGGGAGGAACGGAUGCCGGUGGGGUUUGUAGUACCGGUAUUUUAAUUCACUUUACUCUGUGGCUACAUUGAUAACU